CCGGAAAAGAAAGCUCCUUUAGUUCGCUCUCCAACUUCGCGCAUCUCCCUCCGACUGCCCACCAGACCACAGACUUGCCGAGUUCACCAGCAACUCGCGCCGUUCCACUAUAAUUAACAGACACAUGGUGUCCUGACCCGACCAAAGGCGAUAAAUGAUUUACAAGUUCCAGCCCGUUCAACCUGGUGUUGUGCCUUCGCUCAGCCGCAAGCUGCCGAACCUUUGACCUCGAGCAUCGUCCUUCUACUGCGCAUAUUGAAUAGGACCGCGGACAAAGACUUUCGGCUUAUAUCGACCGAUCGAACCCAGCGGACUGUCUGGAAGGCUGGCUACUAGACAUGUCAGAACCGACAGAACCCAAUCCUGGCGAGUCGGCCAACCCGCCGGCUGAAACGAAUGCGCCAGCGCCAGCGCCGGUGACAAGUGAGCCGUCUGAGCGGACUGAGCAACCUUCGGACGAAGCAAACGCGCCCCCGCCAGAAUCAACCCAGGUUCCUGCGCCAACGACUGAGCCUCAACCGGAACCUUCCCCAGCGCCGCCAGCUCCGCCAGCGCCGUCAGAACCCCCAUCACCUCCAGCGACUUCAGCGCUGCCAACCACAAAUUCAAAUGCCACCCAACAAGAAAUCGUCCUCCAGUCUACGGAGGAAAGCAACCACUCGCUACCUGCACCCAGUAUGACCACGUCCUCCUUGAUCUCCUCACUCCCAGCAAUGGACACAUCUCUGCCGCCUAUCGAUUCUUCUCACUCGUUGGAUGAUAAUGAGCUCCCUUCAUUUGACGCAGCGCUUCGGGCUGUAAGCUCUUCCGCAGGGCCAGAUCUGUCGCUUCCAGCGAUUGACACAACUCUUCCUUCUCUGGACUCGUCCCUGCCAGCAAUUGGAACGGAUAUUCCGACCAUGGAUCACCCAUUCGGUGACGAUAGCCACUUUGGGCACCACGAUCCGCACGACGGAUCUGUAAACGCGCUAGAUCCAGGCCACGACGCGACUCAUCAUGGAUCCAUCAAUGGCUCUACGCAUUACCCGGCGUCAUCUAAUGACAACUACCACACAUCAAAUGGCAACUAUCAAUACACGCCAAACUCACAGCACGAUGGACGACAGCAAUCACAGGGUUCGCCUCAACAUCAGUACCAGUCUCAACCUCAGCAGAGUUACCAACAGCAGACCUCCGACAUGUACCACAGUACAAGUGGGGGUUUCGCCAGUGUCAACGCAAACUCCAACAACAAUGGCCAGGGACAACCCAGUCAAGUCCCUCAAGCACCGAUUGGAUCUCCCAUGCCAUCCAACAUGCCUUCUAUGGCGUCUAUGGGGCAGUACAUGACCGGCUAUCCAUCCAAUGUGUCUCCUUCGGGCAUGAAUUCGAAUCCACAGAUGCCGUACUCACUCCCGGGAGAUCCCAAUAAGAUGCUUUCGGGUGGUCGACAUAAAAAAGAAGUUAAGCGACGUACAAAAACGGGAUGUUUGACUUGUCGCAAACGACGAAUUAAGUGCGACGAAGGACAUCCGGUCUGCAGAAAUUGUGUCAAGAGCAAGCGCGAGUGUCUAGGCUACGACCCGGUGUUUCGCCCUCAAGCGUCUGCUCCGUCGGCGAUCCAGCCAGCUCCAAACCCUCAGGCUCCGUCACUCGUUGUCAACCCCCAAGGCCCUCCUGUGCCGUCUGCGCCAUCAUAUCCUUCUGCGCCACCUGGGUACAUGCCUGCUUCCUCACAACCUUUUGCGCCGUCCCUUCACUCCGAAUCUCCCAGCGCCUCGACCGACCAUCACGACAACGGAGCUGGUCUUGACCAUUCUCUCGCGAACAGUACCGCAUCACACCCUUCAAAUAUGCAGUCUGCCAACGAUUUCCGGACCCAGACCUCGGAUAUGGUCUACAAAGCCAAGAACCUGAAUAUCAAUGACUUGAUCGCUCUGCGGGGCAUCCCUCCACCGGCUCCUCAUCCUAUCGGUUCCCUUCCUCCUGGUCGCCUCGAAGAGAUCCAAGCGGUGUUCCUGGCCACAUAUGCCCCCGCAAUUGACAAGUUGUUGGAAGUUCGAUGGUACACAGACAAGGCGCUGUCGUCUCUCAUGGCGGAUGCGCAGCUAAUGGCGGACUACUCGGCCUUGAUCAAUGCUUUCAACGAUUGGAAUCUCAAUGACGGAAAUACGGUCGCACGCUUGGAGAGUUUUGAAGCUUCAAUUAUUUGGAGAAGCAUGACCCUGUGUCGGCAGGUGCAAAAUUCAGAGAAUGGGCAACACGGUCAAGACUGGAAUUUGAUUGCAGCAACUGCGCGUCUCAAUGCUAUCGAAGCCCUUCUCACCUGGACCCACCUCGAUCAGAAUGCCUUGUCGCGCACGCUGAGAACGGAGGCUGCAACCCCGCCCCAUCAACCAGAUCAGUUCAUGCAGCGGCAAUUGGACUUCUGGAGCGAACUCGGCGACUUCCUCACCCUUCACGACAAUGAAGCCAGCUCAGCCAAGCAGAUUGACGAUACACUAGGGCGAUGCCGCCAAUUGCUUGACACCUAUGAAAACCGCGACAUUAUUUACUCCGUCGCCAUUGCACGGCACCUUGGCCAACGCUGGGCCGACUUCCCCAACAGCCUUCCUAAAGUCGGAUACACUGCUGAGAAGGAGUCUGGCACCAAGCUAUUCGUCGCGCAGAAGUUCAUCGAAGAGGAGGCUGAGGGCAAGGGCACGACGCAAAUCUACAAGCGCAUCUGCUGUAUGGCUGUUCGCUCUUGGUGGGUUGCCCGCGAGUAGACACCUCGCCCUCCACUUUCGGACCUGGUGAUUCCUUCUUCUCUUUUUUCCAUUUCCCUCUAGCCUGCCACGAGCAUGGCGGGAGGGUUGUUCUCACAUAUUUAUGAAUGCACAGCGGUUGUGUAUCUGCUCGUGAUUCAAAAAGCAUCAUGGCUAGGCGUUACGAUUUUGCGGAUGAUUUAUUGACUUUCUUAUGUGGCUUUCCAUGGGGCCUCUGGGGACUGGGCAGCGAGCGAGUAAAGUACCACGGCGUUUCUGGCCUCUUCGUCCCCCGGACGAGUCUUCUUUGUUUCUUUUUCUGUGUAUAACUCGGUCACUCUUCCUACGGGAUUCAUACCCUACGAGUCCAACAAGCGGUUAGACAAUUCUACAUUUAUCAAUCAACAGUUGAACACAACCA